AUGGCAGCUGCUGCCGCCGAUGCCUCACACCGUAUUACCGCACUGACGCCGGAGGAAGAGGGACGACGGACUGCCACCAAACUGUUUGGGAACGCCGCCCCGCUGCCACGGACCGAGAGAGAGCGAGAGCGAGAGAGGGGGAAAGAGAGAGAGAGGGGGAGGGAGAGGGAGGGAGAAGAGCGAGGAGGAGAGAGUGGGAACGAGUGUUUGGUGUGCGGGGGUCUGUUCGCCUCACCGGAGAAGCUGCGGCUCCACGCUCUGAGUCACACAGGAGAGAAACCCUUCCACUGCUCUCAGCCGCACUGCCCCAAGGCCUUCAGCUCCAAGUACAAGCUGUUCAGGUGAGACACAUUCAAAACACCUGUAGCAUCCUUAACCUUAGAAUACAAGCUCAGGUAAUGUACAGCAAAAACACCAGGUUUUCUUUCAGUUCCAAGUACAAGCUGAGGUUUAACUACCUAAAAACACUUGUAGCAUCUUCCUGCAGCACCCUUAUGCUUCAAGUACAACCUUCAAGGUCACUCACAGUCAAAACACCUGCGUUAUUGGAAAGGUUCAGAUACAAACUGCUCAGAUGUGCAGAUUAACACAUUAAGAUCACUUUUCAGGAGUAUUUUUAGUGAUUUUUUUAGUGAUGCUGCUAAAGCAACAAUUCAGUGAUAGAAACAAAUGAGAAAUAAAGUUGCUGAACAUGUGUGAACAUUUAAUUAUAUAACUGUUGACAGAAACAUUUAUUGCAAAGUAAAAUGUUGCAGCAAAGGAACUUUUUUUUCCGCUGCCUGCAGAAAAGAAAACUGGUUCUCAGACUGUUCACAGUUUCUGGAGGAUGUGAGGUCUGAGUCUGUGCAAGUGUGAGGUUUGAGUGAGUCAGGCUGAAACUCAUCCUGUUAGCAUGUUUGGAAACUGAUGAAUCACAGGGGGUGGUCAGUUUGAGUCCUGACUUGAAGGGAUAUUCCGGCGUAAAAUUAAUUUGGGAUCAAACAUACCAUAACAUCGAGUUAGACACCCCCUCGAGGGAUUAAUGUUGCCGACCGCUUGCUUCUCUAGUUACAGCAACUUAAGUAACGACUGCAGGAUAGCAAUACACAGCAGUCUGAGGAGCCAUAAACAAACCUCAACCAAAAAGCCACUCUAUAGCCACAAAUAAUACUCAGAACAGCACCUAACUUCAGCAAGAGUACAUAUAGGAUCCGAGCCAUAGUACUAGCCACCAAACAUCUUUUUAACUUUGACUAAUUUCUUUAGCAAAGAGACUAAACACAACUCACCUACACUCUUCCAGCAGCCGCUUGUUUGUAGUGAGACCUUGGGCCAGUCCAUUACGGACUGCAGCGGGGUGACGCAGCUCAAGGAAGAACAUAUAUGAUCAUUACUUUAUCAUUUCCUUGAGGUAAUAAUCAUCAUAUUAAUCAUUUUGCACUGCAGACAUGGUAGUUCUUCUGCCUUAGCAUCUCGGUCUGAUGGCAUUUCCUCAGACCGCUGUGUAUUGCUAUCCUGCGGUUGUUACUAAAGUUGGUAUAACUAGAGAAGCAAGCGGUCGGCAACAUUCAUCUCUUGAGGGGGUGUCUAACUCGGUGUUACGGUGUGUUUGACCCUAAAUUAAGUUUACGCCGAAUGUCUCCCUUGAAGAUCAGUGUCUCACUGUGACUCAAAGACUCAGGCCUGACUUCAGCUGAACUACAGACAUGAUAUCAACAGUGAGUGACUUUACUGUUUAUUUGUGUUUGUGUGUGUCUGCAGGCAUAUGGCCACACACUCUCCACAGAAGACCCACCAGUGCUCGUUCUGUGAGAAGAUGUUCCACCGUAAAGACCACCUGAAGAACCACCUGCAAACCCAUGACCCCAACAAAGAGGCCUUCAAGUGUGAGGAGUGUGGGAAGCACUACAACACCAAGCUGGGGUACAAACGCCACGUGGCUAUGCACUCGGCCACUGCUGGGGAUCUUACCUGUAAGGUGUGCAUGCAGACGUUUGAGAGCACGCCGGUUCUUCUGGAACACCUCAAGAGCCACUCCGGGAAGUCUUCAGGGGGCACGAAGGAGAAGAAACAUCCGUGUGACCACUGUGACCGCCGCUUCUACACCAGGAAGGAUGUGAGGCGCCACAUGGUGGUACACACCGGUCGGAAGGACUUCCUGUGCCAGUACUGCGCCCAGCGUUUCGGCAGGAAGGACCACCUGACGCGCCACGUGAAGAAGAGCCACUCCCAAGAGCUGCUGAAGAUCAAGACGGAGCCUCCGGACAUGCUGGGUCUGCUGGCGUCGGGGUCGCCGCCCUGUUCAGUGAAGGAGGAGCUCAGCCCCAUGAUGUGCGGCAUGGCACCCAACAAAGACCCCAUGAUGGGCAAACCCUUCCCUGGAGGGCCCCCCUUCCCCAUGGGCAUGUACAACCCCCACCAUCUCCAGGCCAUGUCCAACUCUGGCGUGGGUCACCCCCACCCUUCCCUCAUGCCCCCCUCCCUGUCUGCAGCCAUGGGCAUGGGCUGCCACAUGGAGUCCCCCGGUUCUCUCCACCCACACUCCCUGCACCACCACCACCACCACCACCAUCACCACCAUCACCAUUCCCCCCCGCUGCCCCCCCACCACCAGCCCCCUGCCCCCCAGCAGCAGCACCAGCCCCAGCAGGCCCCCAAGUACCAGCUGGGAUCUACCUCAUACCUGCUGGACAAGCCCCUGAAGGUGGAGAUGGAGAGCUUCCUCAUGGAUCUGCAGAGUGCCUCGCCGGGCCCAGUUCCCUCUGCGGACCCCCAUGCCGCUGCCUCGCCCCCCAAGGACGGACUGGAGCCCUCCGCGGGGCUGGCGGAUGAGCUGUGUGGGGACCCCCUCCUGUCCAAGAGCCCUGCGGUGAUCGCUGAGUCUCUGUGUGCUGCUAACAUGGACCUCUCCCACCUGCUGGGCUUCCUGCCCCUCAACCUGCCCCCCUACAGUGCCCCCAUGAGCACGGGAGGCCUGGUGAUGGGCUACACCUCAUCUGCAACCUCCUCCUCCUCCUCUAUCUCCUCUUCCUCAUCUCUGCAUGCUGCAGAGCCGCACGCCGCUGCAGUCGCUGCAGCAGCAGCCGCCGUCACCACGGCACCUCUUACCUCUUUGCAACCGCAACCUCAGGAGCCGCAGAGCUCCAGCGGGGGCCUGAACCUCGGACCCCUGCACCCCCUCCCAUCAGUGUUCAGCUCCAGCCUCAGCACCACCACACUGCCUCGCUUCCACCAGGCCUUCCAGUGAGAGCCCGCCCCCCGGCCCUGCUCCCCGCCCAGACAUGCCGAGGGGGCCGACACCCCCAGCCUCAGCUCGGCCCUGCUCGGCUGUUUGGAGCUGAGGUUCGAGUCAGGGCCCGAUUAAAAAAAAGUCUGAUCAGAAUAAAAACUGAACAUGUGAAGCCUUAAAGAGAGCGCACAAGACAGGAAGUUAACCCUUAAGAAACAGGAAGUUAACCCUUUAAACAGACAGGAAGAAGGUGAGCAGAGAGUUAAAGCAGCUUUUAUUUUGGCGUUUUCUUCCUUUAGUUAUAACCUCGUAUUAACCCAUUAUUGUAUCAGCAGUUACUCCCUCCCAUGGUAGUCAUGUAGAGGCAGCAUCAAUAGGCCUGAAGGCGUGGUUCUGCAAACUUUCUAAAGUAAUAAUAUUAAAAAUCAAAGAUCAUUUUAGUGAAGAUUAUCGUUCUUGUUGUGACCCAGAAAAAAAAAGAUUUAGUUUGAAGUGGAUAUUUUGUUUUUCUUCUUUUACUUUUCUAAUGUAAGGAUCAUUUUAGGACGCGUCUCAUCUGGAGUUUAAACCUGGAAAAACCUGAAACUGUCCCCACCAGCAGUCAGAGAGAUCAGAGAAGGAAUGAAGAAAUAAUCCUCCAAACAGCCAUGAUAUAUAUAAAAAAAAAAAAAAAAACACCUGCCUGUAGAAAAAGAAAAAGUGCUCUUCAAAUAAGACAGUAAAAAUGUCCCUUAAUUUGACUGUUUCCUGAUGUGCUGGUAGUCAGGCCAGUUUGGAGUCAGAUUUCUCUCUAAAGCUCAAACUCACACUGUGAGGCAGAGAUUUAAUAUCACCUGUAACUCUUCCUCCUGAGAACUGUCAAAUACUUUUCUGAGGUCAACGCUAAAAUGACAAACAGGAAACAAAUUCAAACCAAAAACUGAAACACAUCCUCCUUUUCUGGUGCGAGACUGAAAAACAAAGUAAGGAAUAAAAUCCGGUGAAUGGAUUAUCAAGUGACACAGAAAUCAAAGUAAAAUGUCAAAAUAAAAGCCUGAAUCUUUUUUACUACCUCCUCUAAAGCAAUAUUUAAUCAAAGAAAUAAAUAAACUACAUUAAAAAAACAACAAUAAACUUAUAAAAACAGAACAAAAACAAACAAAAAUGUUUCUUAAUUACCAUAUUUCACAAGAAAACAGCAAAAAUAAGUGAAAGAAAAAGCCGAAAAUAUGAAACAUCACUGUGCAUGUCUGAAAAUAUACAGACAACAAUAAAGAUCACUUAAUUUUAUUUUCAUAAUUUUAAUUAAGUUUUAAAAUUAUUAACUAUUUUAAUAAUAUUAUAAUUAAAAUAUAUAACAUUAAUAUUUCAGAUGCAGCGCAGACAGAUCAGCACUUGUUUUUCAUUCAGUUUUUCUAUUAUGUAACUUUGUUUUAUCGCCAGGCAGAUGGAGCUGCCACUAGAUGGCAGUAAAAGCGCAUUUUUACACCAAUUAUUGCUCAUGCUAACACUAAUAAGACGGAGACUGCUAGUGAUUGGCUCAAACAUUGUGUGUAUGCUGAAGGCAAUUGUAACUUUAUAUCCAAGGCAGUCUUUGUUCUAAGGUGCCACCCACAUUUAAGCGUCUACGUUAGUGACCAUGGGGGUGCUGGUCUGGAAAUAAGGUGCAAAAGUGGCGUAUUGCUACAUUGAGUAAGCAGCAAGUGUCUGUCCCUCAGCCAAAACCUACUUGGAAAAAUAAUACACUUACUGUUACUAACUAGGGCCAAUCUGUUACAUGGGCUUUUAUUUUGAAAUUUUACAUGAAGAAAAAAAUAAAUGUAUCCAUCAGAGAAACUGAGGACCCUAUCAUGAGCUGAGCACAAAGAGUCUAACUGUGCAGGUGAGGGUCAUUCUUUUAUUUUACCUACUCGAGUCUGAAUUUUAAUGAAAAGUGACUUGGUUAGUGACCACAUCAGCACCGACAUUGGCGAUCAUGUUAGCACUCUGUGGGUGUUAAGAUGGCUUGUUGCUGUAUUGAGGAAGCAGAAAGUCUGCACCUUAUACCAACAAAGACCAGGUCCAUUUAAGAAUAUAGACACUGCUAUCUAUUCUAGUCCCUGGGCUUUUAUUUUGGAAAUUUUCCCAUGACUGCUAUGUCAUUUCUCUUUUCUUUUCUUUUUUUUGUAAAAUCAAACAAAGACUUGGACAAACACAAUAUGUGGCUGUUUUUAAAGUCCCCCCCUCUUUUUAGAGUUUUAGUCCAAAAAUCAGUAAAAGAAUCUCUGAACUUCUAUUUUACUGUUUUUGGUUUUAAUUUGAAAAAUCCACCAAACGAGCUGUUUCCUCCUUUCUCAUUUUAAAACCUCAGAAAAAAAAACAAACAGCCUGAGAGGAGAGGACCCAGAGAAGCACUUUUUAGCAGAAGGCACUUCACUUUUAGGAACCUCAGCAGGAAACCUUCGUCUCCUUCCUCCUCACCUCUGGAGACAAAGUCUUCCUCCUCCUCCUCUCUCUCAUCCCCCUCUUCCUCUCCUCCUCCUCCUCCUCCUCCUUCCUUCUGAGGGAGCUGCCUCCUCCUGGUAAAGGACCCUGACAUAUGUGAAAGGUAAACAGACAGAGACAGGUGAGGACAGGUGUGUGUAAUGGUGAAUGUUAUUGCAGUGUACGAAGUAUCUCAGAUGAAUAUGAAUAUGAUGAUUAUUGCUUUGAUCUCAGUAAAGGUGUAUUUAGGUAUUAAGCGGAUGUGUUGAUGUCUGGCAGGUUUACAGUUUGUGUGUUUCUUGCUUUUUUGAUCAUAUGGAUGAAGUAUUAGCUUUCCUUGAAGCUUCCUGUCAGAUCUUUACCUGUACUUGUAGGAGAGUCAGCGUGGCUGCAUCAGGACUGUGGGCGGGGCCAUCUGUGGUGCCUGUUAGUGACCCAUGGUCAGGUAGAUUGGACAGAUAGACUGAUGCCCCUCAGUGUGAGGGGGUUUUAGAUCUUUUAAAACUUUUCACCAGCAGCCUUUCUAACCUGAGCCCAAAGCUUCAGCGGCAGACCGCUGCUCCCCAUCUGACCUGAUGUCUGCAGCUGCAGAAAGAGGGCGGAGCCUCUGCAUCACCUGUCACAUUGUCUAUUCUCAGACGAGCCCCCUGCCAUGAGAUAUGUCGAGAAAAACGGAAAAAAAAAAGAAAAAAAAGAAAAAGGAAAGAGAAAAAUCAAACUCACACUUUGCUGCUUCCAGCUACGAUUGCUCCUCGAAGGCAACGUAGACCAUGAACAUUUCAGUUUACUGCAACCUGGACGAGCUGAAACAUGCACAACCUGAACCCGCAGAGUCUUCAUCACCCCCUCCCCCCUCUUUACUCUCCUCACCCUCCUCACCCUCUCUCAGCUGCUCGUAGAGUCAGAGGAAAAGGGUCUGACAGUUUCCGGAUGAUUCCCGUCUUUGACAUUCAAAGCUCGGGGGACUCGCGACUGACUUGGACUCGGCGUUGCUCAUAGUUGUUUGUUUGUUUGUUUGUUUAUUGUCAUUUGAUAUGAAUUUAUUUUCUGUUUGUUGAAAACAGGACCUCGAUAAACAACACAACACAUCACCUCAUUUUUAUUUGUUAUUUUCUUACCAAAACCUGGGGAGAAGAAACUGCUUCUCACGCCAUCAUCCCUUCUUGAAGACCAGAGCCAGCCUGAGCACUGAUCAGAAACCUGUCUGCAGUCUGACUGUUCAAUUUGUGGUUCUGAUCUGAUCUGAGUUAUUCUUGCUCUGUCCCCCUGCAGCGUCAUUAACGUGAAAAUGAGCUGUAAAAAGAAAAGAUCAACGUGUGAUCCUAAAUAGAUUUACUGUCAGCACCUUCCUGAGAAUUAUAUGAAAGAAAAAAAGUCUAAAUUCAAAUCUGAUCUCUAUGAAAACCUUCAAAAAAGGUGUUUUUAAGAAAAACUCUUCUGGCUGAAGCCGAAAUUUGUAGCAAUCAAAUUGAGCAUUUGUAUUUUUCUAUGAAAUACUCCUUUAGUUUGAACAGAAAGAAAAGCUUUUGGCCUGUUUAAGUUUGUCCUCCCUGGGUUUCUGUGAGCUAAUCUGAAUUCUAGCACUUUCAACCUUUAAAAGAGUAUUUUUUUUUCUUUAAAUUUCAGCUUAUAUGUUCAUAUGUUUUUAAUUUUGUAUUGAUCCUGUAUAUGUACGUGCCAUUAGUUUGAUGUGUAGACUUGAUGUAUUUCUCUUCUCCAAAAGAAUAACAGUAUUUUUGAUAGAUUUCCACUAAUAUCCCUCUACAUAUGAGCCCCUCCUCCUUUCUUUUCUCGUUAUUUUUGGUAACCAGCUUUGCUUCUCCAACACUCAUCCAUUCAAGCUGCAGCCGAGAGCAGAGGAGCAAAACUGGCAGCAUCAUGUGUUAUUCUGAGGAAGAGACGGUUUGUAGCUUAGAGACAAACCACAAAUCAACCACAGGCUGUGGCGACAUCUCCACCUGCAGACGUUUGCAGAACGAGUAACUGAACAGAAAGACGACCCCAAAGGAAAGCACUUAGACCCACUGAGCGAGCUGCUCCCAGACUGUAACGCACCAACAGCCCGGAGACCAGGUUAUAAAUCAGACUCAGAGCUGAGCUGCAGGCCUGAGGACAGGCUCAGGACUUUAUUUCAGCUGAGAGCGCAGAGGACUGACCAGGGUGGAGCAGGUGGAGGUGGAUCAAAACUUAAACCCUGUAUUAGACAAAUUUAAACGGACUGAAAUCAGCCUGAGCUGAUUUACUCUGAGUAAACAGACUAAUGCUCAUCUUUACUGGGAUCUGGGCCAUCUUUACUCAGAGAGGAUUUUAUGUGAGAUUAUACUAGGAAAAAAAUUCAAAUUAAGAUUAAAAAACACACUUAUUUGAUUUUUCCUCAGUGGGAAAUUUCUUCUGCACAAAAGCACAAACAGGUUUGGAGGAACAGACUCCAAUUUUAACUUGUAAAAUACUUUAUAACUCAUAAAAAUUGUUCAAUGCUUUAACCUGAAACUUAACUGCGUAUCACAUGAUCAGAAACAAUUAAAAUUUUAAUUAAUUUUUUAACAUGUCACAAAGUUGAUGUUAUUUUUAUUAUUUUUUUAAACUAAAAUUUAAGAAGCAACAACAUUUAAAGCUGCAGUCUGUAGAAUUUAAAGGUGCAGUCUGUAAACUUCAGAGCUGCUGUCUUUAGAAUUUAAUCAAUCCUGGAGCCUUUCCUGAGCCUGUCUCCUAACCCCUGACCUCUGACCUCCGACAGUGCUGCAGCUUUUGCUCCUCGGCCCGGCUGUGGCUCCGUUACCUCGAGCUGCACCUCCUCUGGAUGCUCCUCUCCUCACCUCCUGGUCUCCAGCAGGAGGUGCAGAGCUCAAACCUUUAAGGGAAUUUAAUCUGAAGAAUCCUGAGAUUUUACAGAUUCUCUCUCUCUCUUUCUCUUUCUCUCUCUAUCUCUCUCUCUCGCUCUCUCUCUCCGUCUCCCUCCUUUUAUCUUCUUUAGUUAAACUCUGGGUACUGUCUGCUGCAGACCACAUGUAGGUUUAUAUAUUUUAGCUUAUUGUAAGUCGUGCAUUCCAGCCUCUUUGUGUAUCUUUUUAGUGACAUAGCCCUUUAUUUUGAUCACAGCCACCUCUGGAAGAAAAAGGUGAAGAGACACAGAUCAUUCAUGUACACUAUUUUCUACAGUGUGGAGUUUCUGGACUACAGGGAGAGUCGUGUCAGAGAGACAGACAAAAAAGAUGCUUUUGUUACAUAUCUCACAUGCAAUCAGUUGCUGCAAUGUAAAAGUGACGGAUUUGUAUAUUGGUUGAUCCAAAGAGAUGAUGAACACAACAACAGAACUAUGACUUAUUGUACAGUACAGUGUAUCUUUGAGUUGUCAUGUGUUAUGUUGAAAUGAUUAAAAGACAAACCAGCGGUUUCAUACUUUCUGUCUCUGCUUUUCUUUCUUUAUCUCUCUGCUGUUAAAGUGAAGAAAUCACCCUUUUUUGUCUGGGAACCUUUUCUGCUAAUUGGACUUUUUACCUCCGCCAAGGAGGUUAUAUUUUUGGAGGCAUUGGUUUAUUUGUUUGUGAGUUUGUUUGUCUGUUAGCAACUUUAUGGAGAAAGUUACAGACGGAUUGACCUGAAAUUUUCACCAGAGGUGCGUCUCAGCCCCAGGAGGAUCCCAUUACAUUUUGGUGGUGAUCCAGAUCGCCUUCUGGAUCCAGGAAUUUUUUGAAGGAUUCUUUAUCAUUGUGAGAUAGGGCAAAUGUUGAAAUUUUUGCAUUUAACUAUAAAAAUGGCCAGAGUCUUUAGUAAAAAAUUACACAAAAGGAUCUCAGUGAGUUUUAUGAGGUGUCAAAGGUUGAUCCUGAUCCAGACAAAAUUCCGGAUACUGUGAUCCAGAACACACAAAAAUAAGGGUGUUGUUGGAAUUUUCAAUGCUGAAAGAUAACCAAUGGGCGGCACAGUGGUGUAGUGGUUAGCACUGUCGCCUCUCAACCAGAAGGUCCUGGGUUUGAAUCAAAGUCAUGGCAUUUCUUGUUUUAGGAACAUGAUGAACAGUGAACAUACCAGUUUAAACACAAAUAAAAGUUAAUAAAAGACACGUAACAGUAAAAGUUUUGGUGUGAAUCACAAUAGAAGGCGGGACAUGAGCUGCUUGGCGGAGGUCUGCGCUCUCUGAGUGCUUUUCUAGUUUAUUUUAUAUCAUGCAUCAUGUAUUAUAUAUUGUAUUUAGGAUGCACUUUAAGUCCUAAAGGCCAAGUCU